AUGUUAGUUGUUUAUGUGAGAGUGGUCUCCAAUAAACAACUGGUAAUUGCAGAAAGAACUGAUGGAGGAGCAGACUACAGUGUGGAAUGCACGGGGAAUAUCAAUGCAAUGAUCCAGGCGUUUGAAUGUGUUCACGAUGGGUGGGGCGUGGCAGUUUUAGUAGGAGUGCCUCAUUCAGAUGCAGCUUUUAAAACUAGUCCUAUCAACUUCCUGAAUGAGAAAACACUAAAAGGGACAUUCUUUGGGAACUAUAAGCCCAAGACAGAUCUGCCAGGUCUAGUGGAAAAGUAUCUGAGUAAGGAGCUUGAGUUGGAGAAGUUCAUUACUCACGAAAUCUCCUUUGGUGAGAUCAACAAGGCAUUUGAUUACAUGAUGCAAGGAGAGAGCCUGAGAUGUGUAAUUAAGCUGGAAAACUAG